AAAAUAAAUAACGGUUCGCGUGCAUAGCUUUUGUAUUUAUAUUGGGGUGAUGAUUUUUUGUUUCUUGUGAUGCACACGAACACCAGAUGUGUGCAUCCAUCAAAUUUACUUUUUAGUGGUGAUGUGGUAACAACAACAACACAACGGUUACCGAACUUUUUCAUUUUUUCCAUUGUUCAAUUUAGCCGUUUAAUAUAUCUAGUCUAGUCAAUUUUUAUUUUUUAAAAAAAUUCUUAAAUCAAAUGUUUGUUUGAUUUGAAGAAUUUGCAAUGAAAUUUUUAAUGAAAAAUUCCUGGUCAUCAAUACAAAAACCAUUAUCAAAUGCAUUCGAUGAUGAUUGGCAAUGGAAUUCUGAUGAUCGAUCAGAUGCUGUUCGAAUAUUAAACAAUGGUCGUAUUGUUAAUUUUCAUAUUGAUUGGAGUAGCGGUACGGCUGCUAUACGUGGAAAUAAACCAAUAAAUAUCUAUCGAAAUUGUAAAUAUUAUUGGGAAGUAUUACUUAAAGAUCGUAUAUUUGGUACAAGUAUGAUGAUCGGUUUAACAACAUCCAAAGCAAAACUUUAUUCCGAUUCAUAUAUUAAUUUGAUUGGUGAAAAUAAAUUCGGUUGGGGUUUAUCACAUAAAGGUCUUGUUUGGCAUAAUAAUCAAUGGCGUCAAUAUACAAAACCAUUUCAAGAAAAUUGUUCAACAUUAAUCGGUUGUUUAUAUGAUGGACAUAAUGGUACAAUUACCUAUUAUAAAGAUGGCCAAUGUCUUGGUAUUGCAUUCGGUGGAUUGGAUUCAAUCGAUGAUUAUCUUUAUCCAACAAUCAGUUCAACAGCAGCACAAUCACAAUUUAUAUUGAUUACAGCUAAAAGAGAAUUUCUUAAUCUUCAAGAUAGAUGUAGACAUGUUCUACGACAAUCAUAUUCAUUUGAACAUCAUUAUGGAUGGCAACAAAUAUUACCGAAAAGAAUUUUCCAAUAUCUAAUUCUACAUGAAGAAGAAUCAGAAUCGAUUGAAUUUAAUCAACAACAAAAUCAAGUGAAA